AUGGGUCGCGUUCGCACAAAGACCGUAAAGAAGGCAGCUCGAAUUCUCAUUGAGAGUUAUUAUGGCAAACUGACACGCGACUUUCAUAUUAACAAGCGUGUAACUGCGGACGUUGCCAUUGUUGGUUCUAAGCGGCUCAGGAAUCGCAUUGCUGGUUUUCUCACUCAUCUUAUGAAACGCAUUCAAGCUGGUCCCAUUCGCGGUAUCAGCAUUAAGCUUCAGGAAGAAGAGAGGGAGCGUCGCGAUAACUAUCAGCCUGAUGUUUCGGUUCUGACCAUGAUGACAACUGAACUGGACCCUCUUUCUACUGCCAUGGUCAACAGCUUAGUAGGUUAUUAUUUGUAUGCCUUAACUUAG